UAUUUGCGAGACGUCGUUUCAAAAUGAAAACGCACAACGCCACAUUAACCGUUAAUAGAUUAUACUCCGUAAUUAAUAGAUUAAAGUAAAUCUAUCCCGUCCCAGUAAAAUUGAGACGAGAGAAGGUGACACGAUUAUUAAAAAAGUGAGUUUGUGUGUUUGAUGUUAAAUUGAUAAAGUAAGAAUAAAGUAAGAAUGAUUUAGAGUCACACAAUCUUUACCAAAUUUGAUAUGAGGCAAUCCCAAAACGUAAAAUGAGACCAUCUUAGGUCUUAGCGGGACAGUGGAAUACGAUGAAUCACAAGAUCAAUAUAAUUUGGUUUUGUUUUAGUUAAUUGUAACACUACACAUUACAAAUUUAAUCGGGUGUGAUUUAAAUUGAACGAAUACACUUCAUUGCACCUAAUCUGAUUAUGAACUGAAAUAAAUCCAAAAUAUCAUAAUCUAUACUUAGUACUCUCUCCGUCCCGCUAUGAUUGUCCUAUUUUACCAUUUCGGUCCGUCUCACUAAGAUUGUCUCAUACCUUAUUUGGUAAAGUUUGUAUGAUUCUAAAUCAUUCUUACUUUAUUCUUACUUUAUUAAUUCAAUAUCAACCAUAUAAACUCACUUUUAUUAAUAAUCGUAUCACCUUCUUUUAUCCCAAAUUUAGGGGAUGGAGGUAGUAUUUAUUUAAAGGGGAAAAAUAUGUGGACAUUAUCGCUAUCAGCUUAAAAUAUCAUAGUGGAAACAAACAAAUUGCUCCAAGAGAAAACAAAGCCAAAAGAAGGAAAAGGAUAAACAGUGUUGACUCCACUUCGAGUCCUCUCUCUCCCACUGCCGCAGCGGCCUCAUCCCCUGCAGAAUCCAUAACCCAAAAAGCCAUUUUUUCUGACCCAAUGCUCCCCUCUUCCACCCAAACACCCUUCAAAAGUCAUUAAAGCUCUUCCUUAUUCCCCUCCCUGAGAUGCUAAUCCGUCACUUUAUUCUCGUCUUCUUCUACUUCUUCCUCAAUCUUCUUGAUUUGUAAACCCGCGCUUGAAUACACCCGCUCCGAAGUAAGUGGAAAUACCCGGAAUUUAUGGAUUCUCUGGCCCUGGAUGAUAUAAUCAAGAGGUUGUUGGAUGUUAGGGGAAGGCCAGGGAAGCAAGUUCAGCUCUCCGAGUCUGAGAUCAAGGAGCUGUGUAUGCGUUCCAAGGAGAUUCUACUGCAACAGCCCAAUCUUCUCGAACUUGAGGCGCCCAUCAAGAUCUGCGGCGAUAUUCAUGGCCAGUAUUCUGAUCUACUAAGGCUCUUUGAAUACGGCGGCUUACCUCCAAAAUCUAACUACUUGUUCUUGGGUGAUUAUGUGGACCGUGGGAAACAAAGUCUAGAAACGAUAUGCCUCUUGCUUGCUUACAAGAUAAAGUAUCCUGAAAACUUUUUCCUUCUGAGGGGUAACCAUGAGUGUGCUUCUGUUAACCGUAUAUACGGAUUUUAUGAUGAGUGCAAAAGGAGGUUCAAUGUACGAUUGUGGAAAAUAUUCACUGAUUGUUUUAACUGCCUGCCCGUGGCUGCACUGGUUGAUGAGAAGAUAUUGUGCAUGCACGGUGGGCUUUCUCCGGAUCUGCAUGAUUUGGAUCAGAUAAGGAACCUACAAAGACCUACGGAUGUCCCUGAAACCGGUUUGCUUUGUGAUCUGCUUUGGUCUGAUCCGAGUAAGGAUGUGAAAGGGUGGGGUAUGAAUGAUAGGGGGGUCUCCUACACUUUUGGUCCCGAUAGGGUUACUGAGUUUCUUGAGAAACAAGAUCUUGAUCUCAUUUGCCGUGCUCAUCAGGUUGUUGAAGAUGGAUAUGAGUUUUUUGCUGAUAGACAACUUGUAACAAUAUUUUCAGCUCCUAAUUAUUGUGGGGAGUUUGACAAUGCGGGUGCCAUGAUGAGCGUUGAUGAGACUUUGAUGUGCUCUUUUCAGAUAUUAAAGCCUGCUGAAAAGAAGCCAAAGUUUGGAUUUGGUAGCACAACGACGACUAAGUCAGUCAUUUCUUGGUAGAGGAUGAAGGAAACGUGGGCAGAAGGAUUCUGGGGAGGUGAAGCCCUACCCCCAGGGACAGAUACAGUAAUCUCUUCCCAGAAGUGAUGUAAUGAUUUGUGUUGUGUUCUUGCGUCUGUAAAAAUAUUAGCCAUAAGCCAGACCAGACAAAUGGUUUCACUGACCCCUUUUAAAAGCACUGAAAUCGUAAAACCUAUUCAUGAUUUAAUCUUGCUAUGCAAAAAGUUUGUAGCUAUAACUCCUACUACAUAAGCCGUUGUGUUAGUUUAUUAUUAUUCUCUAAUAGGUGGCGACAAUAAUCCAAUAUGGAGUAAUCUAAGACUGAUUUAUACUCCUUUUGCA